CAUUAAUCCGACUUGUAAGGAGGGCCCCGACGCUCUCAUAAAGUCAGCAUUCAUUGUUCAAGUUGACUGUCAACAUCAAAGCUUUGUAGCUAGUUAUAGUUCUGCUAUGUCGCUUAUGCAUUACAACUGAAGAAUUCAUGCUGACAGGCGUGCGUCCGCCUGCCGCGGGCGACAUGGGCACUACACCUGACGUUGACUGUUGCCCACAUAGAUUACUUUGAGACACAACUUUAGGAUGGACAGAAUCCUGAAGGCCAGCUACGGCGACAGGGACCAGCGGGAGCUGAAUGCCAUCGCGCGCGCUCCCUCCGCGAGGGCCUUGGAGGUGCAGGCAGGCUAUCGGGAGCGGCGAGCUGCGAACCCUCGGCAAGAGGCGCCGCCGCCGCCCGUUGCCGGGGGGCCGCUGUUCUGGGACCCCAAAGCCCAGGGCACGCCGUACGGGCUGCACAACGCCUACCGCUCGCCAGCCAAGGGGGCGCGGGUGGAGAUCCGGCCGGGCGUGUUCCAUAUCGUGGACAGCCCAGGGGGUGGCGGCGGCGGAGGCGGGGGCGGAGGGGGAGGAGGCGGCUCGCCCGCUCCCGCCGGAGUCGGCCGCGGCGCGCGGCCCAGCAGCGCACCGCCGGGGCGGGGCCGGGUGGCGGGCGGCGGCGCAGCAGGAGGAGGGGGAGGUGGAGGUGUGGUGGGCGGCGUGGGCCCUGCCCCCAGCACGGUGGCUCUGCUGCCCAAGGUGGCGGAGCUGGAGGAGGUCAUGCGGGACACACUCAGGCGGGCGGCGGCGGUGCACAUCAAGGAGCGCACCGUGUUGCUGCGCGCCUUCGCCACCGAGCUGGGCAAGAGGCACCCAGAGCUGGGGCCGCGGGACAAGGUGACCCCGGCCCAGUUCGCCACGGUGUGGUCGCGCUUCGGCCUGGCGCUGCCGCCCGACCUCACCGCCGCCUUCUUCGACAAGUACGGCCGCGACGCGCGCGGGCUCAUGCCCGUACUGAACUUCACGGACGCGCUGGUGAUGGGCGGUCCGCGGCUGGACAUGGCGGCGGCGGAGGGCGGGCGCGUGCAGAGGGGCGCAUACCUGCCCGGCAAGCCCGCCACACACACCGGCAAGAUACUGUACCCCGAGUGCAAGAAGGGCGUGUGGCCGCCCAGCAACUGGGACCCCCGCCUGGCCGAGCGCUCCGCCACCCCGCCCGAUGUGCGCCUGGCGCUGGAGUUCGUGCACGGCUACGACGGCCACAUCGCCACGGCGCCCAACAUCUUCUACACGGCCUCGGGCGAGGUGGUGUACAAUGUGGCGGGCGUGGGGGUGGUCUACAACAAGCAGCAGCACACGCAGCGCUUCUUCCUGGGCCACGACGACGACGUGUUGUGCACCGCCAUACACCCCGACCGCACCACUGUGGCCACGGGGCAGCUGGGCAAGAGCCCGUGCGUGUGCGUGUGGGACAGCGUCACGUGCCGCCAGAUCGCCAGGCUGCCCUUCAGCCGAGACGACCGCGGCAUUCAGGCCCUGGCCUUCUCGCCCGACGGCUCCCGCCUGGCCGCCGUCGCCACCGACAACUCCCACUGCCUGCACCUGUGGGACUGGGCGCGCGCGCGGCCGCUGUGCCAGCCGCGCAAGAGCCAGCCGGGCGCGCCGCCGGCCGUGUACGGCGUGGUGUGGAGCAAGUACGAGCCGGACAGGCUAGUGACGUACGGCCAGAACCACAUCAAGUUCUGGCGCCUUGGCCCCGACCCGCGCAACCCCGCCGCCCUGUCCCCCAUCAGCGAGGCGGGCAUGUACAGUCUGGGCAAAACACACACGGUCACGGGCGCCGUGUUCCUCAGGAGCGGCGUCGUGCUCACGGGCAACGAGUCGGGCUGCAUCUGCACCUGGAAGGGGGUGCGGCUGUCGCGUGAGACGCAGGCGCACGGCGCAGGGCCGCCCACCCGCCGCCCCGACGGCAAACCCAGCCACGGCGGCGUGAGGGCGCUGGUGCUGCAGAGCGAUGCAGUGCUGCUCAGCGGCGGCGCGGACGGUGCGGUGCACGUGUGGGACGUGUCCAGUGGCGACCUGGGGCCACUGCUGCGGCGCUUCCCACUGCUGCGGCCAGACCAGGUGGGCACCACCACGCCGCCCGCCAUUCGCGGCCUGGACUGCGCCCCCGACAUACCCGAGAUGUUCGUGGCGGGCGUGGCCAGCUGUGACGUGUGGGAGGUGGACAAGGACCCCGAGGUGCUGGUGUACGGCCAACAGGCCGACCUGUACGGCCUGGCCACCAACCCCGCCUUCCCGCACGUGUACGCCACCUGCUGCGACAGCGACUGCGUCACCGUGUGGAGCUCGGCCACACGCAAGGGGUUUCCGGUCAUGGGCAUUUGGUUCCCCGACAGUGACGGCACUGACAUCAACUCCGUGCAUGCAUCGCCCUCGGGCCGCUACGUUCUGACUGCCGACGACCACGGCCACGUGCGGCUGCUCCACUUCCCCUGUGUGGUGGCGGGCGCCCCCGCGCACGUGUACGGCGGGCACUGCAGCCACGUGAUGAACGUGCGCUGGGCGGCGGACGAGAGCUACGCGGUGUCUGUGGGCGGCAAGGACCGGGCUGUGUUCCAGUGGCGGGUGGUGCGGCGGGCUGAGCGGGGGCGGCACGAGAAGGACGACAAGGGCCUGAUAUGGAUGGCACCGCACUCGGCCUCGCCGCCCCCGCCCCUGCAGCAGUACGCCGCACCCUACGCCGGAGGCGGCGCCGGAGGAGGCGGCGGGGGAGGCGCAGGCGGGGGAGGCGGAGGAGGAGGAGGCGGCAGCCCGGCUCCGCCGUGGGCGCGUGCCGGCGCCGCGGCCGGUGCAGCAGGGGCGUACGGCCGAGGUGGCGGGGGCGCGGGCGGGGGCGGGGGCGGCGCGGCGGGGGAGUACGCGGGCGGCAUGUCGCCUGGGAUGAGGGGUGCGGCGGCGGCAGCGAUGGGGCAGCGGCGGGCCGUGUCGGCGCAGCGGCGGCGGUGACGUGUUAACCCCUGAGUCCGCCCCUGGGCCCGGCCCUGGCCCCGCCCGCGUGUCGGCAGUAGCGCCGCCGGGGGGGGUUUGCGCGGUGGAACAGGUCCAGGGGCACGGUCGCCAGGGAUCGAGCGUGUGUGUGUGCUUGUGUUAAAGAGCACAAGGAAAACAUUGCGCAAAGACAGUGUAUGCGAUGCAGCAAAUGUGUCUGUGUGUGUGUGCUUGUGUGUGUGUGUGUGUGUGUGUGUGUGUGUAUCUGCGUUGUAGGAGUUGUUGCGGGGGAGCGGCCUGCAGGCGCGGCUGGCUGACGAGGGGACCUCUCGACCUCGUGAGCUGUUCAGGGACCGGGAAGCGGGGGCGGUGGGGGUGGGGGCAGGAACCCGAGUGGCGCGUGUGGUGGACUGCGUCAUACGUGCUGGUGGACUGCGUCAUACGUGCUGGUGGACUGCGUCAUACGUGCUGGUGGACUGCGUCAUACGUGCUGGUAGGCACUGCGGUGUGGGAAACAGUCUGGAGUGUGUCGGAGUGCGAAACUCGCGGCGGCGCGGAAACAAUGACACCGGACCGGACGGGAGGCAACGGAGCACACUGGAUGAUCGGAGCGGGUUGCGAACUCUUGCGUCUGAUCUGCUUUCCCUUUAGUAGCUGCUGACACGGACACGAUGUGAAUGUCUGGUUGCCUGAUACGGAACACGAAAGGGUGGGUGCAACGAUGCGUACUGCGGACUCUGAACGCCUUAAAAACAGAAG